GAGAAGAGCCGUUUUGGUGCGUCACCUGGUGGAGUAAGGGGCUUGGAGUUUGAUCAACUAACUGUAGCCAUGUCGUUAACAGGUGCUGUUCAUGAACUAGUAAUUGGAAGAAACAAGGAUUCAAUUCAUGAUUUGUGUGACCCUUUCACUGCCAGAACUGGCAAUUUCGGCACGUGGCUACUCAAUUCUCAACAACAGAGUGAGGAAGGAGAAGAGGAUGCUGUAGUAGAGUUAUCUCAUGGCUCUCUAACUGAUUAUCACCCAGAGGAACCUAAAGACAGUGUGAGUCAUCUUUUGGUGGGUAUGACAUCCCACUUUUGCAAGACAAUGGGGCCGAGGAUAAGGACAGGGGUCGCCGCUGUGAAGGUGAUCGCUGCCGUAAAGCUGAUAUCAAGCCUGAAUUGUUAUCUGAAAGCGAGUCAUCCUAUUGUGUGAGUAUAGCCUCAUCCCAGUUGAAGAGUAUAGCAACAUCCCAAAAAUGGAGGAUUGGAUAGGUUCUUGGUCUUUAAAAAAUGGCAAGGAGCAAAAGGGGUAUCACUAUUUAAACGUAUAUGGUUUUUACAAUAAGAAAACUAGAAUGGGAGGUUACGGUGUUAUUGUGCGUGAUCCUUUUGGAAAGCCAGUAAUUGCAUCUGCUUCUGUUCAGCCCAGAGGAGUUUCUGAUUACUAUCAUGUGUUGGAUGGGGUGGAUGCUGGCCUUGCACUUGCACUGGAACAUGGAAUAUAUGAUCUUUCAUUGAACUGAUGUGCAACUCAUCAAUUCAUUGUUACCUUCGUCAGAUUUUUCAGGGAGCUGAUGGUUGUUUUCCUCAACAAUGCUGUGCUUGCAGGACGUGUUUGAGAUCUGCUAUCCCUAUCACUGACAAGGGUUUUGAGGUUAUGUUUUUGUUCCUCAAGAGGAUUAUAGAUAAGCGCUCUAAGAUAAUGUGCAAAUCUCGUACUUUUUCUGUUAACACUGUUUGCUCAAGCUCAAAUAAAGCUGCGAUUUUUCUGGCUAGACAGCUUGCAAAGAAGUCUAGGCUAUCAGGUAAACCCAAUAUUGAGACCAUCACAACGGAAGAAUUUGAAGAUGAGCUUAAAAUGAUUCUUUAUGAAAAUGCUUAUAAAGGUGUGCGGUUUUACCAAUCACAGCAGCGUUGGGUGUUCAAAAAAAAAAGAAAUUAACAGCUGCAAUGAGAAUGGUGAAGUGGACUGAUCUCUCCUUUUGUUCACCUUCAUCGUUGAAUGUCAGAUGAACAAAUUAAGUUAAAAGUUUACGUUAUGUGCAGGGUAUGUCAGAACAUGGGUAGUUCUUCUUGACUGUGUCUCCCUUCUGCAAGGGUCUUUGUAUAUUUAUCCACUCUUAUGUUUUAUUUUGGAUAUGUCAACGUUCAAAUCAAGAUCUUAUUACAGUCCUGUUUUGUUUGUUAAUUACUGAUCUGUUAAUUUUCCUGGUAAUUAAAUCCCUUUAAGAAACUUGAAUGUCAGAAUUUACAGAUGCAAUUUUUUCC